CUUGUAUUCCUGUCUGUUCUGACCCACCUUGGGCUCUACUGACCCUCACCAAGACAUCUAAGAAGAAAAUGGCAGUAAUUGGAGUCCCGAUACUAGGAUUUUUCAUUACUGUCCUGAUAAGCCUUCAGGAAUCAUGGGCUAUCAAAGAGGAUCAUGUGAUCAUCCAGGCUGAGUUCUAUCUGUCCCCUGAGCAAUCAGGCGAGUUUAUGUUUGACUUUGAUGGUGAUGAGAUUUUCCACGUGGAUAUGGAAAAGAAGGAGACGGUGUGGCGGCUUGAACAAUUUGGACAUUUUGCCAGCUUUGAGGCUCAGGGUGCAUUGGCCAAUAUAGCCGUGGACAAAGCCAACCUGGACAUCAUGAUAAAGCGCUCCAACAACACCCCGAACAGCAAUGUUGCUCCAGAAGUGACUGUGCUCUCACACAACCCUGUGGAACUGGGAGAGCCCAACAUCCUCAUCUGUUUCAUCGACAAGUUCUCCCCACCAGUGAUCGAUGUCACGUGGCUUCAAAAUGGCAAACCUGUCACCACAGGAGUGUCAGAGACAGUCUUCCUGCCCAGGGAUGACCAUCUUUUCCGCAAGUUCCACUACCUGCCCUUCGUGCCCUCAACUGAGGAUGUCUAUGACUGCAAGGUGAAGCACUGGGGUUUGGAUGAGCCUCUUCUCAAGCACUGGGAGUAUGAAGCUCCAACCCCACUCCCGGAGACCACAGAGAAUGCAGUGUGUGCUCUGGGCCUGGUUGUGGCUCUGGUGGGCAUCAUUGUGGGGACCAUCCUCAUCAUCAAGGGCGUGCGCAAAGGCAACACUGUUGAACGCCGAGGGCCUCUGUGAGGCACCUACAGGUAAUGGACUUUGUUAGAGAGAAGAUCAAUGAAGAUAUUUCUGCUUUAAUAGCUUUACAAAUCCAGCAACACUCCAAUUGUUCAUCUCAGUGAAAACAACCAUCCUUCAGCACUUCCCAGCCCUUUAGCUACUCUGAGUGAAGACGCCUUCCACAAUCUCCAAAUUCUAAUGUCUAGUUAUUCCCUGUCUGUUGCUCCUUCUUGUACUGGCUUUCCCUCCAUUUUUCACUGUCUUAUUAUCACCAUGUAAUGCCUUUGGAAUAGAGCCCAUAGGAUCCCUUCUCUGCUAUGGAACCUUUUGAAUGUUCUAUGGGGGCGUCUCUUGUGUACCUAUGACUUGGCAUUUCUUCUGACUGUGACUGUGAUUUUUCUGAAUACAAUAAACUUUGAGUGGGUCUUAGGUGGA